AUGGUGCAGAGAUUCUUCUCAGUGAGGCAAACUGACCUCCAACAAAACAACCAAAGCAAUUCUAUCAUGCUUCUCUCUGGUCCUCCAUGCGGAAAAACCUCUUUACUAUUCCAGUUCGCAUUCAACGAAGCCCACAAUCGCAAUGGACCUGUCAUCUUUAUCUGCAGCCGGCGCCGGCUAGAGGCAAACCCUCCUUAUCUUUCCCAGGGCGUUGAUUCAUCGUGUGAGACAUUUCAGCGAGUUACAAUGAAGUAUGUGGAUGAUGAUGAAGGGAUUAAGAAGUUCUUUGCUGCAUUCCACCUGUAUGAUGAAUUUCCUGUGUCGGUUGUUAUUGAUGAUUUUGGAGAUUUCUUUGAAGAAAGGAGCUGCCAACAGAGAUAUGGUAAUCCAAGAGGAAGAGACUUGGCAAUGGUGAGGACACUAGCUCUGUGUCAGAAUGCCAUGGUUCAUGCUAAUGAAACAAGGCCUUGCAAGCUUCUGUUAUCGGAUACACACCAUGGAGAAUCUCCAAGGUUUCUGUUCAUCUACAAACGAUGGGUUUCGACCAUCUUCACAGUUCAAGGUGACGGCUCCGGAUCAUACAUCCUAAGAGACUAUAACCAUUCAGCUAGUGGCGGCGCCAGGAAAAGAAAGACUGCCAAGUUCUCCAUAGCUCUCCAGUAUCUUGUUUUGGAGGAGAUUGGUGAAGAUGAUGGGUAGUGUGAGAUCGGAAAUCAAAUUAACAAAUAACUGAAAGAGCUCCAUGAUGAUCACCGUCAGUGUUCAUACUCUGUAUCAGUGAUUGUUCUACUAUCACAAUGUUAAUCUGUAAAAAUCCUUGAACUAUCUGAUGUGAUCAGUAUUCCUGGUUGGUAAAACAACUAUCCCAGAAAUUUAAUUUCAUCUUUUAUA